GCAACAGAUGAUGAGAGAAGGGGGUUAAUUUCAGGCUAUCAGGGAGGGGAGUCUAAAGUCUGAAAUGGAAUCUUACGGAUCUUCACUGAACCGCAGCCAGUCCCUCGCGAGCGGCCUGGAGAAGUCUUCCCCGAAAUGGAAGCCCUCCCACUCUCGGAGCAGCAGCACCGUGUCGUCCAGACAGGUUAUCAAAGACUGGGAGGUGAUUGACGACCUUCAGGUAGAAACUCAGCCUGGAGGUGAGAACCCUCCCACCAUCCCAGGGAUCUGUGAGGGAUAUCUCCUGAAAAGGAGGAAGUGGCCGCUGAAAGGUUGGCACAAGCGAUACUUUGUCUUGGAAGCCGGGUACUUGCGUUACUCCAAAAACCAACAUGAUGUCACCAUUGGAAGAGUCCAGGGCUCUUUAGAUGUGAGCCUGGCAGUCAUGACGGUAAACAAGAAGUCCAAUCGGAUUGACUUGGACACAGGAGACAUUCUUUACCACUUAAAGGCAAAGAGCCAUGAGCUCUUCUACAUUUGGUUUACCAAGCUGCAAGCCCACCGCCUGUACAAGAAGGCGGCUCAUCGUCACAGCGGCAUCCUGCUCACACAGGGAGGUGCAGCUGGACAAGCUCAGAGAAAUGGAGAUCUGAGCUCCACAGGGAUGCUGCCCUCCGCUAACACCGCUGUGAACAGCAAAGUGUCUGCCUGGCUGCAGCACAGUCACAACCCAGACACCUGUGUGCAAGAGCUGAAUCGUUGCCAUGUGGAUAUUUCGGAGAUAAACCGGUUAAUCCAGAAGCUGCAGUUGUUGGAGGCGGGCCAGGCUGUCAAUAACGGAGACCUGAGGCGCAUCAUCAGCACACAGAAUCUGUUGCUUGAGAAGCCAAAGAAGCCGAGGUCAGGGAAGAUUUGGCACUCUCGCACAUUAUCCAGAGUGGAGGCCCUAGGAAAGCUGUCCUCCAGUCACCUGAGCAGCUCGCCUCUGCUCGGUGCAUCCGUCCCCUCUAUCCCAGACUACGUCUACUCCCAGCUGUCCCCUCCCACUGUCACAUCCCCUGAGGGCAAGAAGGUCCACCAGGACAUCUGCACCAUAUCGCUAAGAGUGCUUGCCUCUCUGAAGUCAGUGCAUGAAACUCUGUCCCAGGAGAGGCAGAAGCUGCAGGAGAUCUGGGAGCCGAACAACAUCCACCAGUCUAACACGUUAGCAGAGCCUGCAGCGGCGUCACACUUAUCCCACAGGCCUCCCUCAGUGGCAGACUCGGCUGCAGAGUAUUUUGACGCCAGCGCUGACGUGAUUUGUGAUGGUUCCUCUGAGGUGUCUGAUGAAUCAGGACUCAGUGAUGGAAGCACCACCAACUCUGAGCCAGAGGAAGGACAUGCAUCGGCCACCAGGAAGUACCGUGCUAGCAUUCACAGGAGUCCAAACGGUGUCGUUCCCAGGAUCACCGGCUGGCGAACGACGCUGCCCGCUCCAUGUCCGGACAACAGCCACGUGGGCCUCAUGGCCAUCCUCUACAAUAACAUAGGUAAAGACCUGGCUCGGGUCUCCAUGCCUGUUCCUCUCAAUGAGCCUGUUACCCUGCUGCAGAGGCUGUGUGAAGAGCUGGAGUACAGUGAGCUGCUGGACACUGCCAACAACACCCCAGACCCCUACCAGAGGAUGGUUUACAUUGCUGCCUUCGCUAUCUCUGGUUACUCCACUGCCACGUUUAGGAACCGCUACAAGCCCUUUAACCCGGUGCUGGGGGAGACUUACGAGUGCGUCAGAGAGGACCGGGGCUUCAGCUACAUCAGUGAGCAGGUCUGCCACCAUCCCCCCAUCUCUGCCUGCCAUGCUCACUCAGAGAACUACUCCUUUUGGCAAGACCAGCGAUGGAAAAAUAAAUUCUGGGGGAAGUCACUGGAGAUUCUGCCGACAGGGAUGGUGAAUGUGACUCUGUCAAGGUAUGGAGAUCACUAUGAGUGGAACAAAGUAGUGACCUGCAUCCACAACGUCCUCAGUCAGCAGCGCUAUCUGGAGCAUUACGGAGAAGUCACCAUCAGCAACCUCAAAAGCAACGUGUGCACCUGCAAGAUUACCUUCGUUAAGUCUCGUUAUUGGGGUUCAGACACGAACAAGAAUGAGGUGCAGGGCACGGUGCUGGACCAAAGUGGGAGCAUCAUUCACCGGUUUGGAGGUCUUUGGCAUGAAGGCAUCUUCUGCGACACCCUACCUACUCCAAAAUGUGUCUGGAAGCCAAAUCCCCAGCCGAAGGAUCACCUGAUCUACUACGGCUUCUCGGACUUCGCCAUGGAUCUGAAUGAACUCCCCCCAGACCUGACGCCCCUCCUGCCUCUCACAGACAGCCGCCUGCGCCCAGACCAAAGGAUGCUGGAGGAAGGAAAUGUGGACGAAGCAGAAGCAAAAAAAGAUUUUAUAGAGGAAUAUCAGAGGGAGCGAAGAAAAGAGCUCGCCAAAAGGGGGGAAGAACAUAUUCCACGUUUUUUCAAGAAAGCCAAAGACUCCUGUGGACGGGACGUCUGGCUGACAAACGGGACGUACUGGAAGAUCAGAGAGAAUCCAGGUUUUACUAAUGUUGACAACUUAACUGUCUGGUGAUCAGACAACAGAGACGAUCUAAAAUGCCAGAUAAAAGACAGGUGUGAGAGAUGUUGGACAUUUGGACAGCAUAUAUGAACCGCUCUGACAAACGUGCAGGGUGGAGAUAGUGCUGCUGGCCUCUCCUCGCUCCUUGGUGUGUUCCCAUGACCGGCUCAUGGGAACCCUCCGUCAGACCUCCCAGGUCGCCCAGCAUCAAGUAUAGGUGAAUGAACAUAUAAAGACUUUUUCGUGGAGUUACAUUUUUUAAUGCAUUUCAAUAUUGCUUGAGACUACUCAAGCAUAUAUCUAUUUUUGAGAAUUUUACAGUUUUAGGCUGAAUGUGUGAAGAACACUCUGCAUUACUUGAAACAAAUGACUGGAAAUACAUUUCUUUAUCAGGUUACUAAUAACCCUAUCUUGUUAGCCUAUUAAAUGUAAACAUUGAAUCAAAUGAUGUCCUCUUCUAAUGAUGAGUACAAUUGUUUGACUUUGUAAAUGUUCAUGUAAAGGGUACAAUUGGUCUGUUUUAUUUGGUAUAUUGGAAUUUUUGCAGGGAAUUUGCACCUCUAAAACAAUCAAGAUGAGAACAUUAUACCUGCAGAUAGUUAUAAUCUGCAGCCCCCCUUGGCUUUACGGAGCUCGAUAGUGAGUCUGACAACUUAACUGUUCUGUUUCACUAUCACUGCUCUCAUGGUGUCACGUUUUCAGUGUAACCAGAAAAACACAUUUGAAAAAGUCAACUUGUAACCUGUCUAAUAAAAAACAUGGCACAUUUCCUAUAUACAUACAGUACACCAUAUUUACCUUAGAAUUGAUCAUGUGUCAAUGUUCAAGAUGCAGGAAAGUGUCCCAAAAAAUGAAUUCUUGACCGAUAGUAAUGACCCAUCUUGUAGGCUAAUCCAGCCACAGCUACAGUAUAUUUACUACCAAUCGGUGAACUGACGUAAUGCAUUUGAAGUACUCCAAAUUGGUACUUGUGACUUUUACAAUAAUGAUCAAAACAGCCUACUUAGAAGAGGUAAUUGAAAAACCUCUGGGCUUUGCUUAGAUCAUAUGAAUGUCAAAGUCUAACAUCUAAUUCAUUUAUUUUUGAAAAGCAAAAAUAAAACUUCAGUGUGUACUCAUUUAAAAGAGGAGAUAAGAUAUUUUACUCAAUUUUUAUGUCAUUAUUAGAGAAUAAUAUCCAACUGGUUGGAAACAUGUAGAUAUUUAUAAAGUAACAUCUUAUCUGUGUUUUAAUUUUUCUGUGGUAUCAAUUUAUUAUAACUGCACAUCACUGCAGAUACAUGUAUACUCAUGGUAAAUCAGACUUUUGUUUGAAGUUGAUAUUAUGGCACAAGUUAAUUCUCAUAUAAUUUACAAGGUGUUUUUUUUUGUUAAUUUGAUCAAACGUUCUGCUUACAUGAAAUAAAAAGAUCAUCAAAACAGCCGA